AUGGCCGACCUGGCCUCUCCGACGAACGACCUCCAGAGGACCGCGAUGGAAAUGAGCCCGACUACCGACCACGUGCAGAGCACUGGCCUGCUUGGAGGCUGGGGAAGCUGGGUGUGCCGACUUUGUGGCUCCAACAGCUUCUAUGACAGCAUGUCCCCGACGCGGCGUGAAUCCGAGCAAGGCAGAGUACGACGCGGUUUCCCGCUCCUCUGCCUCUACUUCUACAGCCUCCUGGGCACCACCGACUAUGCCACCUCUCCUACUUCGCCGGGGCUGGUUCCCGGGACCCUUCCUCGACGAGACCUUCGAAAGCCUUCGAAGCCUUCGAAGGUCGACGGGUCGAAGGGGGCGGGGGGGGGGGCCGCCGAAGGUGAGGAAGCCUUCGAAGGCUUCGAAGGUGAGGACGAAGGCUUCGAAGCCCCCUUCGAGGCCUUCGAAGGCUUCGAAGCCUUCGAGGCCGAGAACGAAGGGACUUUCGAAGCCUUCGAAGCCCCCUUCCAAGCCUUCAACGGCUUGGAAGCCCCCUUCAAAACCCUUGAGGCCCCUUCAAAGCCUUCAAAGGCUUCGAAGCCCCCGUCCGAGCUUUCAAAG